GUCGUAGCCGUGGUUUCGGUUUCGUAACUUAUUCAUCUAAUGAAGAAGCUGAAAACGCGAUCCAAAAUUUGAAUGACCAAGAAUUCGACGGACGAACUAUUAAGGUUGACCGUGCUUCGGAACGUUCAUCCUCUUCCUCCUCUUCACGAUCUGGAGGAAACA